AUGGGCGAGUCUAAGUGGACCGGCGUUGGCGUCCGCAAGACUUUCCUCGAAUUCUUCGAGAAGAAAGGACAUACGAUAGUGCCUUCAUCGUCUGUCGUGCCUCAUAAUGACCCCACCUUACUCUUCACCAAUGCGGGCAUGAACCAGUUCAAGCCCAUAUUCCUGGGAACCAUCUCUAGCACCGAUGACAUGUCCAAGUUGAAGCGCGCUGUCGAUACGCAAAAGUGUAUACGCGCUGGUGGAAAGCAUAAUACUUUCUUUGAGAUGUUGGGCAACUGGUCGUUUGGCGAUUAUUUCAAGAAGGAGGCGAUAGAAUGGUCAUGGGAACUCCUCACCAAGGUUUAUGGGCUCGAUCCCGCGAGACUCUACGUCACCUACUUCGAAGGCAACCCCGCCAUGAACCUCGAGCCCGACUUAGAAGCCAAGGAAUUGUGGAGAUCUGUUGGCGUCCCCGAGGAUCACAUCCUACCUGGCAACAUGAAGGACAACUUCUGGGAGAUGGGCGACCAAGGUCCCUGCGGUCCUUGCAGCGAGGUUCACUACGACAAGGUUGGGGGCCGCAAUGCUGCAAACCUAGUCAACCAAGAUGAUCCCUUAGUCGUGGAAAUUUGGAACAACGUCUUUAUCCAAUUCGACCGUCAGAAGGAUGGCUCACUCAAGUCCUUACCUGCGAAACAUGUCGACACGGGAAUGGGUUUCGAGCGAUUAGUAUCUGCACUUCAGGACAAGAGCUCGAAUUACGCAACCGAUAUCUUCGCUCCAUUGUUCAACAAGAUUCAGGAGGUCACAGGAGCGCGACCGUACGCUGACAAGUAUGGCAAAGAUGAUACAGACGGCAUCGAUACUGCUUAUCGUGUAGUCGCUGACCAUAUUCGAUUGCUCACAUUCGCUAUAUCAGAUGGCGCGGUGCCUAACAACGAGGGUAGAGGCUACGUCGUUCGUCGUGUGUUACGAAGAGGAUCGCGCUAUGCUCGAAAGUAUUUCAAUGCCGAAAUUGGCUCGUUCUUCUCUAAGAUCCUCCCCGCGCUCGUCGACCAGAUGGGCGAACAAUUCCCAGAAAUUGUCAAGAAGCAGCAGGAUAUCAAGGAGAUACUAGACGAAGAAGAGGAAGCCUUUGCUAGAACGCUAGACCGCGGGGAGAAGCAGUUCGAGAAGUAUGCUGCCCAGGCAGUUACCAGCGGGACGAAGAAGCUCUCUGGAGCGGACGUUUGGAGAUUAUAUGACACUUUCGGUUUCCCGGAAGAUCUAACCAAACUCAUGGCUGAGGAGCGGGGCCUUGAAACAGACGAAAACGAGAUUGCUAUUGCCAGAGAAAAGGCCCGAGAAGCCAGCAAGGCUGUAAAAGAAGCAGUGCAGACAUUUGCCAAGUUGAAUGUCCAUCAGAUCGCCGAGUUGAAGGACAAGUUACAAGUGCCCGUUCCGGAUGAUGAACCUAAAUUUACUAAGGGCGACACAACUGGCAAGGUGCAGCUCAUUUACACAGGUACCGAUUUCGUCAAGUCGACCAAGGACCUUCCACCGAAUACACCCUUCGGUCUUCUACUUGAUAGGACGAAUUUCUACGCUGAGCAAGGUGGUCAGGUCGCCGACACCGGAAAGAUCAUUAUCGACGAUGUUGCCGAAUUUGAAGUUCACGAUGUCCAACAAUUCGGAGGAUAUAUAGUUCAUAACGGAUUCUUAAAAUAUGGAGAGCUCAAUGCUGGAGAUGAAGUUAUCUGCGAAUACGACGAGCUUAGGAGACAACCAAUUCGUAAUAACCACACUGGUACUCAUAUUCUCAACCACUCUCUACGAGAGGUACUAGGCGAAGAGGUCAACCAGAAAGGCUCGCUAGUCGACCAAGAUAAGCUUCGUUUCGACUUCUCACACAAGGCGGCAGUUACCCUUCCCGAACUCAAGAAAAUCGAACAUCUGUCAAAUGAGUAUAUCCGACAGAACUGCAAAAUUUACUCUAAGGAUGUUGAACUUGAUUUGGCAAGGAAGAUCAACGGCGUUCGCGCCGUUUUCGGCGAGACCUACCCAAAUCCCGUCCGAGUAGUAUCGGUUGGUAUCGAUGUCGACAUGUUACUUGAGGCACCGGAGAAUCCCGAGUGGCGAAAGGUCAGUGUUGAAUUCUGCGGUGGCACGCACGUCGACCAGACUGGUAUCAUGAAGGAUCUAGUUAUCGUGGAAGAGAGCGGUAUCGCGAAGGGUAUCCGCCGUAUCGUAGCAUAUACGGGCGAUGCCGCGCAUCGCGUGCAACGUGAGGCCGAGGAGUUUUCUAAGCGCAUCUCGGCUAUCGACGCUUUACCUUUUGGCCCCGAAAAGGAGGCCGAAGUUAAGCAGGCCACGGUAGACCUGAACAACCUUGUCGUAUCUACCCUGACUAAGGAAGAUCUGAAGGUACGGUUUGCGAAGGUGGUCAAGGCUGUCGUGGACGAACAGAAGAAGCGACAGAAGGCUGAAAGCAAGACAGCCCUCGAUACGGUAUCGGCCCAUUUCGCUAAGGAUGAAAAUAAAGAGGCUAAAUACUUUGUUGGGCACCUACCCAUCUCCGCCAAUGCCAAGGCUGUUGCCGACGUUGUGAACCACUUCAAGAGCAAGGACAAGGACCGGUCUGUUUACAUUUUUGGUGGCAGCAAGACUGAGGGAGCCGUCGUACAUGGUGUAUAUGUUGGUACACACCUUGCUUCGCAGGGUGUAACUGCUGAGAAGUGGGCGGCAGCUGUCACUGAGGUGGUCGGCGGCAAAUCAGGUGGCAAGGAGCCGACGCGACAAGGCCAGGGGACAAAUGCGGAUAAGAUCGAGGAUGCGAUCGCUGUCGCAGAGAAGUGGCUCGCAGAGAAGCUGAAGAUCUGAAGCAUUUCAUGGGUUAUCUUAUCUCCUACGCAUCGAGCCAGAGGGAAUGUGGCACGGAUAAGUCCUACGUUACUCAAGAAGCGAAACCGAGGCGCCAUAGACAGGACAAGCCCUACAGCUAUGUAAAAGAAAAGAAAAAGACGGCUAUAGAGAGCGUGAUUUGGGGCCCAAGGAUGGCUAACCGUAAGACUACGCAGAAAAAGAGCCGUAAUUCUGAUUUCGUGCUUUCUGCCUCAUAUAUCUUGAGUGGUAACUAGGAUAAGAGGAACAUACAAGCUGUCAUAAGCCUUCACACACAUGUAUAAACAGAGGAGACACUGUAG